CGCGGCCUUUUGCCAACCACCUGCUGGAUAUUCCGUCAAAAAGGGGGAACAGAAAACACGCAAGGACAAGGCGAUACUAGACACGAAGCACAAGGGUUAUCUCCUCGCUCAUCAUGUCAAGCAGCUCACCUCUGCCCGAACCAUCGAGGAACGUGGUUGUCGAUACUGCUUCCCUUCACCCUUCCUCCACAGCAUCCGUAUGGGACCGGAUCUCGAAAUGGGUGUCUGAGAACAAGGCGCUCGUCUAUACUGUUGCCGGCGUCGCGGUCGUGGUAACCAGCGCCGGUGUCGUCUACUACCUCUCCGACUCCAGCCGGUCUGGUAAACCCUCUCCCACUACUCCUGCGCCUACAGAGAAGAAAAAGAAGAAGAGCGGGAGCCAGCGACGAAAGGAGAAGAAGGCUGAGGAGGAAAGAAAGAGCAAAGCUGCCUCUGUCCAAGACGAGAAAACAGAAAAGAAAGCCGAAGAGCCUUUAGAAGAAAUCCCUGAAGUAGACGAGGCGACCGUUGGACAAUUGGAUGAGGAAACCCGGAAAGCAUACGCAGCGAAAUUAAAAGCCGCCGGAAACAAGGCCUAUGGCGCCAAAGAUUAUCCUAGAGCCAUUGAACUAUACGGAAAAGCUAUCCUCUGCAAGCCCGACCCGGUGUUCUACUCGAACCGUGCCGCCUGCUACAACGUUCAGUCGGAAUGGGAAAAGGUCGUCGAAGACACCAGUGCGGCCCUUGCAAUGGAUAGCGAGUACGUCAAGGCUUUAAACAGGCGCGCCAUCGCGUAUGAGCAUCUUGAGAAGUAUAGCGAAGCCCUUCUUGAUUUCACUGCAAGCUGCAUUAUCGAUGGCUUCUCAAACGAAGUCAGUCGUGUUGCUCUCGAGCGGCUCUUGAAAAAGGUCGCGGAGAGGAAGGGCAAGGAGAUCCUUGAGGCCAAGGGCAAGAAGCUGCCCAGUCCUACUUUUGUCUCCAACUACCUCCAAAGCUUCCGCCCCAAAUCUCUCCCCGAAGGUCUUGACGAGUCUGCCGACAUCCCUGAAGAGUCUGGAAAGGGUCAGCUCCGCAAGGGUCUUUUAGCAAUGGCGAAGAAGACCGGCGAUGGUUACGAAGAGGCGGCGGCGGCCUUUGUCAAGGCUCUCGAGCUUGGCGACUUGGGUGAAUUUGAGGGUCUGGCUUUGAACCAACGAGCAACUUUCACAUACUUGCAAGGCAAUGCCCACAACGCUCUGGCCGAUCUUAACAAGAGCGUUGAGCUGGACCCCUCGCUCGUUCAGAGCUACAUCAAGCGCGCCAGCUUGCACCUCGAACUAGGCAACAAGGAUGCUGCCCAAGACGACUUUGAACUUGCAAUCACCCACAACAAGGACGACCCUGACAUCUACUACCACCGUGCUCAGCUUCAUUUCAUCCUGGGUGAAUUUGCAGAAGCUGCGAAGGACUACCAGAAGUCCAUCGACCUCGACCGAACUUUCAUCUAUUCACACAUCCAGCUCGGUGUCACACAAUAUAAGAUGGGUUCUGUCGCGUCUGCGAUGGCUACUUUCAGAAGAUCCGUGAAGAAUUUCGAAGAUGUUCCCGACGUCUACAACUACUACGGUGAACUUCUCCUGGACCAGCAGAACUUUUCUGAAGCCAUCGAGAAGUUCGACAAGGCCGUCGAGAUGGAAAAGCAGAGCAAGCCAAUGAGCAUCAAUGUCCUUCCUCUGAUCAACAAGGCCCUCGCUCUGUUCCAGUGGAAGCAUGACUUUGCAGAGGCCGAGCAGCUGUGCCAAAAGGCUCUGAUCAUAGUUGACCCUGAGUGCGACAUCGCUGUUGGUACCAUGGCUCAAUUGCUCCUGCAGCAGGGCAAGGUUUCCCAGGCGCUCAAGUACUUCGAGCGUGCUGCAGAGCUUGCCCGCACCGAGCCCGAGAUUGUCAACGCCAUCUCGUAUGCUGAGGCAACCCGCACCCAACUCGAAGUCCAGGAAAAAUACCCACAGCUUGCCGCGCGCCUGCAGAGUAUGGGCGCUGGCUUCGGCGGCCCUCCCCCUAUGUAGAGGUCCUCUUCUCUUUAUCAAGCCUUGAAUGCCAGAGACAUGUUGAGCUGGUUUCUGGCAACAGUCGACUAAUUAACGGUUUUCCGCUGUGAGUGUAUUUAUUAUCUGGUUUCAUCUGUUGUUUCAUUCUUUUGGACAUUGAUAUGUGGUUUGUCAUUUGUCUUUACUUUGAUGAUCGUGCUGCUGCUUUUCAAACGGGUCGUUCGGGAGCUGGUUCCGUUCUCCGUGCCUGGUUUACUGGACGACACUCUCAUGUAUGUACCAUAGUGGUAGUAGGUAAUAAUGGAUAGAGUUGGACGAU